AUGCAGGCACAGAAUGAUGACGGCGCGAUUAUCAAUAUGGCAUCCGCCACUCCCACCAAGGCAGAGAAUAUUGUAGCUGCUUACUCGUCAGCCAAGCAUGGUGUUGUGAGUUUGACUCCUGGAGUGGCCCUGGAGAAUGGCGAACAUGAUAUCCGCAUAAAUGCGUCCGCCCCCGGUGCUGUGUCUACUGAGAUGACCCUAAAUACCCUGGCAACCAUGGGAACCAGCCAGGAAAAAUAUGCGACGCGAGUCGGUUUGUUAAAUCGUUUUUCUCUGCCGGCAGAGAUUGCAUAG